AUGCCUAGCGGAAGAUCCGUUAACACAUGUUGUCUCCGGAGAGCAGACAUCAUCAAAGUGUUCGAUGGAAGGGACACCAACUCGCAAGCAAUAGCCAUGCUAUGUAACGAGCUUACAGGUUACGAGGUGUUGUCUACAGGUCCAGCUCUCCUGCUCCAGUUCACAGCUAACUCUGCUACAGCUGGGCAGGGAUUUGCGGCUACCUUUCAUUUCCAACCACCACCCGAUUCCACCGCUGCUGAUUCUGAUAGACUUCUGAAGUUGAGCUUCGGAAAAGCUUUCGAAUCUCUCGGGCCUGAACGCCAAAGAGAACCAGGUCGGCCUGGUCACUUAGCCGGAGUGGACAAAAAAUUAACAGAAAAAGAAGAAAAGGCGCGCCUUAGAAACAUUGAGGAGGAAAGCGACGUUCUAAAUUUUUUUCAUCAUUAG